CAAGAUUCAGUUUUGAACAUGUUAAAUCUGAGCUAUCUGAUACUGGAAUUAGGGUGUUGAGCUCUGGUUUCACUUAGGUCUGAAGCUCCUAACAGGUCUAUCUAGGCCGUGGUUAAAAUUUGGACGUCAUCAGCAGGUUGUUGAUUGUAUCUGAGUGUGGGAAUGAAUGGCUCCUCUGAAGGAGAGCAUGGAGAGCAGGAAGGGAACCCCUGCCUCACUUCUGCGAAGCCAGCCCUCAUCUCUCAAGUGUCACAUACUCUCUUGGAAGCCUGCUCUCCACUGUGGCUUGAAUCCACGGGGUAUUGAUCAUCCUGCCCGUGCCGAAGGUAUUAAACUACAGAUUGAAGGUGAAGGUGUUGAAUCUCAAUCCAUUAAAAACAAAAAUUUUCAGAAGGUGCUUGACCAAAAAGGAACCCCCAAGCGACUGCCAGCAGAAGCUGAGACUGCUAAGUCGGCUACAGUGAAGCUGUCAAAACCAGUGGCUCUGUGGACUCAGCAGGAUGUCUGCAAGUGGUUGAAGAAACAUUGUCCGAAUCAGUAUCAGAUCUACAGUGAGUCAUUCAAACAGCAUGACAUAACUGGGCGAGCCCUGCUGAGACUCACUGACAAAAAGCUUGAGCGAAUGGGGAUUGCCCAGGAAAACCUCCGGCAGCACAUCUUACAACAGGUGCUCCAGCUGAAGGUGCGAGAAGAAGUCAGAAACCUACAGUUACUCACACAAGCCUCCUGGUCCACCACCCUGGAUUCCUAGUUUAAUGGAGCAGGAGAACUCUGCCGGCUUAUGACACAUCGUCUCAGGGCCUCAACCGAGGGUUCUCCAUAAACGUGGUUAGCCUUCCAAGCUGCUGUCCUGCCAGUUGAUAUGAACAUGGCCUGUUCCUCACAGAAAGACUAACUCAUGGCACCUGCCAGAAGAUAUCCAUGGAGCAUUGACAGAUUAACCAGAUUAACUGAAAAAAAACACCCAUUCAGUCAAGAUUAUGGGCUUUGGAAAAUCUUAGUUUGCUGUGGAUUUUUAAAUGAGGUGCAUAAUAUACAGUGCCAACUUGUUCCAAGUGGUCAUUGGCAGACCAUUAGCUGGAAAAUUGCUUCCAGUUUUCAUCACUGUGCAUAACUCAAGCUCCCUUUGGGGGCUGUCUGUGCCCUUCACUAGAAGUCCUAUUUUAGCAUGGCAACUACUGGAUUAUUUUAUUAUGUGUGCAGAUGGCAUGAUAUGUUAGAAAAAAAUCACAGCAAUUCUGCAAUGUCAGUGGAAGUGUUCACGAUACUCUGCCCUGGUAGGAAUGUAAACACGUCUUGGUUAUGUUAGUUAUGACGUCUAAAGGUAUUCUGUCCAACUCUUAAGCACUUUAUAUGAGAAAACUACACCAAAAGGAAUCAGCACGUUCUGUACCUAUGGGAAAACAAGUAUCCUCUCUCUCUCUUUUUUUUUUUUUUUUAUAAAUCUUGUCCUCUUUCUGGCUCAGACUGUCCAAGACAAACUCCACCCCUAGCAUAUGGCAGUCAUUUGUGGUAGAUUGGUGUAUAUACGGCCACAAUACUGUUAGGCUUAACCUGUUGACACUUUAGUGAACCAAUUGGAUUUCUUGUAGCUCUAGAGGGAAGGAGAAGGGGGCUGGUGGUUGAAACAUCUUAGUUCUUGGUUCCUGGUACCCAGGCACAACUUAGCACAUGCACAUACAGAUAAACACGGGGCUUGUAUGUGGCCAGUGUAUAUAUUCUGUCCUAUAGAAGAAUGUUUUCAAGAACAAAAGGAGAUGGCCAUUUAAUCAAAGACCAUGGUGGGUUGAGGGUAAGGGUGGCAGAAUGCCGUUUUCCUGUGUGGUCUGACUUUACAACUUGAGAAGGCUUUCUAGGUCAAGUUUAAAUCACAGCUCUCUGAAGAGGAAAAACAGCAAGUGUCCCCCUGUGUGCCUAAAGAAGGAAAAGGGCCCAAUCCACACUAGGUUCCUACCUCAGUAGAGAACCUACUAGUCCCUUUUUAAUCCUUUCUGGGAUUAUAUCCACAAUUAAUUCUUUUUUUUACGAUGUCUUACAACAAAGCACACUAUUGCUUGUCUUUGGGCAUUAGAGAAAUGUCCACAUUGACUGACCUUACGUAAUGCUUUCGCUUUCCUUUCCCCUGAAAAUAUAAACUUGGCUGAAUCAAAAAUUCAGCAAAUAUGUUCUGUGUACCCACAAUCCCAAUCUGGGACUGAUAGGCACUGGAGGCUUUUCUUUAAAUAUAUAUAACAACUCUGGGACCCUGCCAGUACAAGGAAGUUUGGCACCUUAGGGGGUCUCCAUACACGCGCUCACGGUCUGCUCUCCCCCGGGGGCCUCAGGAAAUGCACAGCACUUUGGAAAACGCUCCCCGUCCCCACUGAGAUUUGGAAAGCUGACAGGGGAAGGGAAAGAGAGCCAAAUGUGAUUUGGGUGAGUCACCUCAUAGGAUGACUCACCCCAACCUGUCAGGCUGUAUUGUCAAAGAAGGGGGCUUCCAAGAGGGAACUCAGAGGGAUUUCAGUCACCAACAAGUUCUGGCCUCUCGAUGGGUCAGCCCAGGACCACCAGGCCCUCACAGACCCUAAUUCUUCACAAAUCCAGAAUUACGAGGCCAAACCCUGUUGCCAAUGCCCCUGGGGAGAACAUUCCAAUCUCUACUGCCCACCUCUUGAAUUUCACUUCCAACAGCAGGGCUUCCUUCUUCUUUCCUUUAUCCAGCACACGUUUGUUGAGCACCUACUGUGUGCCAAACAUUGUGUUGGGGUAACAACAGGGUACAAGGCCGGCUCCCCAUGUCCUUCUGAGACAAUAUCUCCUCCUCCCAAACCCUGUCCCUGUCCCAGCUUUUCCACAAUGAAAACAGAAUUCAAGCAGCAUUCACCUCCUGCCAGAGGGACCUCAGAAAAUGCACAUGGCAGCAGGCAGUUCCCUUGCCUGAGGAAGUAGACAGUGGAAGAAGAGGUAGUGGACAGCAUCGGGACACAUAUUUGGAUCCUUGUGCACAGCCUGCCCUUCCAGGGCCCGGACUUUGCUGGUUAGGGCUUCCCCCAAACAGCUUUUAAUUCCUUUCCUUGACAGUCACCCUGGUCACCUGUAUUCCCAUCCUUUACAUAGGCACAACCAUUCAUUGUUACGCUGGAUUCUCUAAAGCUCCAAUUCUAAACUUAGUCUUGGGGACACAGAAGAGGACCUGCUGAAUCCAAAAGAACUACCAGCUGCUGAAAUAGUGUAGCUGGGAAUUUGUUGGUUCACUAAUUGAGGGUCGUUCGGAGUCGACCCUUUAGCUGUUACAGGUAACAACCUUGGAAAACUGGACAUACUUUAUGGUGCAGGUGGUCAUCCAGUGAUGCUGGUUCAUCCUUGCUUUGGCUUUUGCAAAAUGUGUUCUGAACAAUUAAAUAAGUAGAGUUUCCUAGCUUUUUUUUUUUUUCAGUCAGAAGUGUGCUGACAAAUUUUUAAAAGGUGAUGGCUAAGGGUGGAGAUGGGAAAAGGCAAAGCUGAAGUCAAUGAAAGAACCCAGUUGAAAAUGGCUUCUCUAUAAAUGCCUUAAUUCCUGGUGUAUCACAUAUUUGCGUAGUAACUGUGACUGUUUUCCAAACUGUUAGCCUCAUUUUGCAGUCUUUGGCAGGGAUAGUUUUGGAAACAUGGAGGCAUAAAAUCUGAGCAGUUACUUGCUAAACCAGCAAAAUGGAGAACCGACUUCAUUCACAGCCUUUAGGUUCUUUGUUCCGUGUUAAGCCACGAUUUCUGGUUGUUACUUCCUCCUGUGCUGUACCUUAUUCCCAAGAUGUAUGUUGGAGAUUUUACCUCCCAGAAGUUCAGGAAUGGCUGUGGGGAGUUUUGUUUAGUAGGCAGCGGGAGACCAGGAGGUAAGGGAUAAAUAUUUUGAUGUCUAAGGGCUAUAAACUGUUGAUGCUUAA